CCCCGCCCCCCAGAAAGCGGCCCUGGAGCGCGGACUCCGCCCUCACCGGCAUGAAGCCCCCACAGCGGCGGCGAGCGGCCCCGGCGCGCUAUCUGGGCGAGGUGAUAGGCUCCGCGGCCUGGAGCGCUCGCGAGAAGCGGCAGCUGCUCCGACUACUGCAGGCGCGGCGGGGCCAGCCGGAGCCGGACGCCGCCGAUCUGGCCAGGGAGCUGCCGGGCCGGAGCGAGGCCGAGAUUCGGGAUUUCCUCCGGCAACUCAAGGGUCGCGUGGUACGGGAGGCCAUUCAGAGGGUGCACCCAGGUGGCUCAAAGGGUGCACGGUGCCGGGAAACACAGACCCCAGCCCCUAUCGAGGUAUGGAUGGAUCUGGCAGAGAAGAUAACAGGCCCGCUGGAGGAAGCCCUGAUUGUGGCUUUCUCACAGGUGCUCACCAUUGCAGCCACAGAGCCCAUCAGCCUCUUGCACUCCAAGCCCCCCAGGCCCACGCAGGCACGUGGAAAACUACUGCUUCUCAGUGCCCCUGGAGGGCAGGAGGACCAGAGCCCUGAGGCUCGUGGCCCUACCCCUGAGGCACCUUCUGAAUCCCUGGCUGGCCCCUCUCCCGAGGGAGAUCUCCAAGUGGACUUUGAGAAGAUCUACAAGUACCUGUCGUCCAUCUCCCGCAGCUGCCAUGGCCCUGAGCUUUCCGCAGCAGAGUCAGCUGUGGUCCUUGACCUGCUCAUGGCACUUCCUGAGGAGCUGCCUCACCUGCCCUGUACAGCCCUGGCUGAGCAUAUGCUGGACACAUACCAACGCCUGACAGCCCCCCAGUCUGACCCCAGCGGUGGGAACCUGGGGCCGGGGGCUGAGGAUUGUGAGACUGGCUCUGGGGGGCAAGAGGAUGCCGACCAGGCCACCCCCCAGGCCCCUGAGAAUGCUGGGCCCGGUGAACCAAAAUCCGCCUGGCAAGCAGCUGGGGUCUGCCCCCUGAACCCAUUCCUGGUGCCUCUGGAGCUUCUGGGCCGGGUGGCCACCCCUGAAAAGUGAGGGGCCUGGCAGGCAGAGAACACGCCAGAUAUCCAGGAGCCCCUGGCCUUUAGUACUGCUUGGGCUGGCACUGGGCUGGCAUGAGGAUCCGAUCAUGGUAAAAGGUCCCUGGCUCUGUGCGCAGUACCAGGUGGCCUUUAAGAAGCUCCACACAGCAGGGGUCGGAGAAAUGGAGGCCCUGUUGUAUAGGGGUUCAGCCACGAACUGAGGUGGGGGCAGCUAGGAGCCUGGGCCAAAACCACCUUCAAACACUCCCUCACUGUCGCCUCGUCCCUUCCUGCUUACUGUACCCUGUAACUGUGAAUAAAGUUGUCAGUUUGCCUCG